AUGACGCGAGAUAAAACCCAGGGCGGUGGAGAAACCGCAGACAUCGAGAAGGAGCCAGCAGGGAUGGAGGCCAGGCCGCAGCAGUUGCUGGGAGAUGCCAUGGCGGCGACGCACCUCAUGGCCACCGUCUCAGAACUGCUUCCUAGUCCCCAAGGCUGCAAAAUCAUGCACGCGCUGACGACGCCGCAGACGGUGCCCCUGGACGACGACGACGAGGCCCAGGAGGUGCAGGGCGUGAGCUGGCUGCCCGUCCAGCCCCAGGAGGAGAUGCAGCUGGUGCUGUCGCAGGCGGGGGGCACGCUGCCCCCGCUGCUGUGGCUGCAGGCUCCGCCGGGCCAGGCGGCCCCCGCGAGCACGCCCCGGUGCGUGGCCAUCAGCAUCCAGGACCAGGUGUACUCGCUGCAGGAGAUGGAGGUGGUGCGCUUCGAGGUGCUGGAGGAGGGCGCGACCGUGGCCGUGGAGGACAGCUGGCUGACUGGGAGCCUGGCCGGAAGCUCCGGACUGGCGACGCCCGAGAAAGGUCAAGAGCAGGCCCAGCUGCUGCCCGAAGGGGGAAUCCCUGAGCAAUCCGAAGAGCAGCUCGUUGUGGUGGAGACGAGGCCCGAGGAGGAAGGACAAGAAGAGAUCAUGCUGACCAUCGCCAACAUGCUGGUGGAGGAGGCAGGAAAGAGCUCUUCAUCCAGGAACGCAAGGACUACAAAAGCCGGCUCAGCAAAAAAGCAGAAGACCACAGGAGCUAAGCAAACCUUCCGCUGUGACACCUGCACCUUCGCCUCCUCUCGAGUCUCCAGCUUUAAGCGUCACAUGAAAAUUCACACCAGCGAGAAGCCCUAUGGGUGCCACAUCUGCGUGAAAGCCUUCCGCACUGUCACGCUGCUGCGAAACCACGUCAACACCCACACAGGAACCAGACCUUUUAAGUGUGAGGACUGUGACAUGGCAUUUGUCACCAGCGGAGAACUCGUGCGACACAGGCGCUACAAACAUACUCACGAGAAGCCCUUCAAGUGUCCCACGUGCAAGUAUGCCAGCGUGGAAGCCAGCAAGCUGAAGCGCCACAUGCGCUCCCACACCGGGGAGCGCCCUUUCCAGUGCUCACAGUGCAGCUAUGCCAGCAGGGACACCCACAAGCUGAAGCGCCACAUGAGGACGCACUCCGGUGAGAAGCCCUACGAGUGCCCCAUCUGCCACGUGUGCUUCACGCAGAGUGGCACCAUGAAGACCCACCUCCAGCAGAGGCACAGCAAGGACGUCCCCAAGCACCACUGUCCCCACUGCACGGCCGUCAUCGCCAGGAAAAGUGACCUGCGUGUGCACCUGCUCAACCUGCACACGUACAAAGCGACAGCGAUGCUGUGCCGCCUCUGCCCUGCUGUCUUCCACGAACGCUACGCCUUCCUCCAGCACCAGGAGACCCACAGGAAGGAGAAGAGGUUCAGACGUCGCAGUUACACCCGCAAGCAGGAGUUGGUAUUGACCCAGCAUCCUCUGUGUAUCCACACUGGCGAGAACCCAUCUGCCCUCCUUUCCUGCCGUACACACAGCUGGCUAAAGGAACUGCUAAACACGCAUCUCAAGAAACACCGUGAUUCCAAGUUCAUCCCGACUGUACACACGCCCCAGGGUGGCAAAGGCUGUUCCCCAUGGCUGAAUGACACACGCAGACACUCGGAGCAGUGCGAGUCGGGGAAGGAUAAGCCGGCCUCCUCGUCCGGAGAAGGAAGAAGAGAGAAAAAGAGGAAGCCAGCCGGCCAGAAAGCGGCAGGAAAGCAAGAUGAGGUAGCGGUGAAGCAGGAGCCGGAGCUGGAGGAGAGAGACCCACCAUGCCCGGGCGGGACGGCCCCUGUGAAGUCCAGCGGAGGUGAAGACUCCAAGGGGGACGGCCUGGCGUGA